GCCCCGCGCGCGUGUCGCCGAGUCCCCGGUAGUCGCCGAGGAGCGCUGGGGAUCAAACCCAGGGCCUCGGCGUGCCAAGCAAAUACCCAGCACCGUGUUACACCCCCAGCCCUAGAUCUUGAUUAAAAUAGGCCAAGGAGCAUCCAGCGGUCUCACUGAUAGACACUUCAGGAACACAGUUUCCAGCAGUAGCAGCACUCAUGGCUGGUCCCCUGUGGUGGGCCACAGCCUUUGUCCAGAGACACAGGACAGCCCUCUUGGUGGGUUCCUGCACAAGCCUGUUUGGAGCUCACAUCUCCUACCACCUCUUUGCGGAUCCUGUUGCCCAGUGGCUUUACCAGUACUGGCCUCAGGGCCAGCCGGCCCCACUCCCCCCACAGCUGCAGAGCCUCUUCCAAGAGGUGCUACAGGACAUAGGCAUUCGCUCAGGCCACUGCUACAAGCCUUUCACCGCCUUCACCUUCCAUCCUGUGAGUGCUGGUUUCCCAAGACUCCCUGCUGGUGCUGUGGUGGGCAUCCCUGCCAACUUCCUAGGUGUUCCAAAGAACAACACUAACCGUCCUGUGGUCAUACACGGGCAAAACAUCAACUGGCAGAGCCCAGCAGGCACUCGGCUAAAAGAGGCCCUGACGCUGACCCGUGAUGCCCAGAAGUUUGCCUUGGCCAGAGAGGUGGUGUACCUGGAGAGCAGCACCGCUGUCCUGCAGGCCCUGCCAGCCCCAGCUUGCCUGGCAGGAACCUGGGCACUGACCGUGGGUGCCAAGCAUGCACUGGGGCUCUAUGGAGGCCCCAUGAGCUUACGAGCUGCCUUUAAUUUGGUGGCAGCCGUGGCAGGCUUCAUGGCCUAUGCUUUCUCUACAGACUCUCUCACUCAUGCCUUGGAAGGCUGGCUGGACCGCCACACGGCCUCACUCUCUGCAGCCUAUGGCCAGGGUGGAGUGGAGUUCUACGAGAAAGUUCUGACAGGCAACAUGGCCCUGCGCAGCCUCUUGGGCAGCCAUGGAGAGAAGCUGUAUACACCCAGUGGGAAUGUUGUCCCCAGACACUGGUUCCGCAUCAAACAUUUACCCUACACAACCCGCCAUGACUCUGUACUGCAAGUGUGGAGGGGGACUCUUAACUCAGGUCGCUCCUGAACGCCUCAUCACUGGGAUGGUCCCAGCUCAUGCAGACACCAUCCUGCCUGUGGUAUUGGGGUAAUCUCUUAGUCCUGCAUCCACACCCCAGAGUCAGAAUGAUCACGGGGUUUAGGGUUCAGUCGCCUAGAUUCUGCCUUCACCUAUCACUUAAGACUUCAGUGACCUUGGCAAGUCCCUUAAUGAAUCUGGGCUUUGUUUUCCUCAACUGUGAAAUAAGGAUGCAAAUUACCUCAUGGGGUUGUAGGGUUGUGUGAAGUCGUGAACAUGAGCCCUGUAAAUAAACGGGAAUCACCGCAUCUUGGUUUUUGAAUUUCUGCAGGCUGUGAGAAUCAAGCCAGGCAUCACCACCAGAGGUGUGUGUGGUACCUCAGCCCUUCCCUACAGCAGAGAACCACCACUACCCUAUGUGCCUGAUGUUCAAAUUCCAACUUUUCUUCCUGUGGUAGAGGCUGAAAGAGACCAAAACCUGAAGUUAGUGAGGCUGGUGGCUGCCUAAGGUGUGGACUUAAGGACCGUGACCAGUAGGGUCCUGUGGUUGCAGAUGGUACACCCAGAGAAGAGGAACAAACAGGUAAUAGGGCACAAGGGAGAGAAAGCAUUCCCCAAACCUGGCAAGAGCUGGGCCUGAAAGCAAAAGAAGGAACAAACCAUUGCCAAGUAGGCUGUGCUGAAAUGCCCACAGCAUUCCUUCCUGGAUACAAAGCAUAAUCAGGACUUGGAGAGGGGAGGAGUUAGGUGGGGGAAAUUGCUCAGAAAAGAUGCUGGGGAGAGCAGAGGGAGAUGAUGGCUGUAGACCCUGCCUGGAGUCACUCAGAACCCAGGGAGAGCUGUUUGUUUGUCCUACUUGUUUUCAUUGAUCCCCCCUGGUGGUGAACAGAACAAAUCCCCUGGGAUACAGGAGACAGACACACACACACACCCAGACAGGUUAUAAAGUGAGGACAGCUAUGACAGUCAGGCCUAACUUGCCAUUCAUGUCAUAGUCUCAUUGCAAAUUUUCUUCUCCCUGGAAGAGUUUUGAAGAAUGAAGGCCUGGCGCCAGUGUAACUCAGUACAGGGAUUAGGCCACACCCAGAGAAGGGCACUCAGUGGUGGCAGAUAGUUCCUGGUGGGAGUCGUUGAAAGGUGAGUGGGUCAAGUGGGGCUGAAGGAUGGGUUGGGCAUGGCACAUCUGCUAGAUCCUUCUCCUGGAUGGAGACCAGUGCACUGUACCAGCUUGCGGUUCCCUCCACCAAACCUAGGCAGGCUCAGAUGGGUUUGAUAAGCAGAGAUAAAUGGAUGAGGUCAUGACUGGGUGAACUGAGUUUCUAUCCUGGCAAAUAUUGCUUCACAGGGCUCCCUGAGAUGUCACUCAGCUGCUCCUGUAUCUCAUGAACGAUAAGGCCACAUCGGUCACCUAACUUGACAAUUUAAGUGCAGUUUGGAGUCGACGUGGUGGGCUCCACCUUACCACUCUGCACUCCAACCCCAUCUACUCUUAGUCUUGGCAUCAGCCAAGAUGGCAGCAUCAGGCAUCCCUGCUGAGCUAACCAAAAUGUUAAGUGCUCUGGUUUGGCUGUGCUUUGUCCCCCAAAGGUUCUUGUCUUGAAAACUUGGUCCCCAGUUUAGCAGGGUUAAGAGGUGGGGCCCAGUGGGAGAUAAUUAGGUUAUAGCCAUGAGAAAAGAUUAAUGCUGUUCUCAAAUGAGCUCUGGAGAGAGCUGCAGUUUCUUUUUUUUUUUGAGUUUAUUGGUACAUUUUAGGUAUACAGUACAGUUACAUUCA